AUGCGUGCUUUUAUUGUUUUGUGUUUGGUGGCUGUUGCCUGUGCCGAUAAAUUGGGUUAUAACUAUCAGCCCGUUGGUCACUCUUCCUCCGGAUUGUCCUUCACUCCUGGUGCAGGUGUUGGUUCUGCCAGCAAUGUAGCACCCAGCUAUACUGGUGGUGUUGGUUCUUAUGAAAGUCAAGGCUCCGUUGCUCCAGGCUACACUGGUGGUGUUAGUUCAUACGAAGGUCAAGGCUCUGUUGCUGCUCCCUCUUUCGCCCCACAAGCUGAACUCGAAAAGGAAUUCUAUACCUUCUCUGCCAAUGAUGCCGAUUUCAAUGAACCCGCUAGCUCCGAACAAUUGGCUAACUCCUUGAAGAAGGGUCUCCGUGUUGUCUUCAUCAAGGGCCCCGAAAACAAUGGCUUGGAAGAUGCCGCUUUGGCUUUGGCCAAACAAGCUGCCCAACAACAAACCGCCAUCUAUGUUCUCAACAAACAAGCCGACCUUUCCGAUUUGGCCAACAAACUUAACACCAUCAAUACCGGUAACAACAACAAACCCGAAGUUCAUUUCGUCAAAUACCGUACCCCUGAAGAUGCUGCCAACGCUCAACGUGCUAUCCAAGGCCAAUACGACAGUUUGGGUGGUUCUUCUCACAACUUCAACGGUGGUGUUGCCCCCGUUAUCAACUUUGCUUCUCAAGCUCCCGUUUAUGCUGCUCCCGCUGCUUCUACUCCUGGUGCUAGCUACUUGCCAGCUUCGAUCUUCCGUCAUUAA